CACACGAACGAGGCGACGGCCAGCCAGCUGGCUACUGUACUACUACGUGCCCUUUUGCCAUUGCCCAUUUCAAUUUUUAGUUUCUGUACGCACUUCAAGGUUCAAGGUGCGGAAGCCCCAUCAAACGCUACCAGGUACCAGAAUAGCCGACGAGAUUGCUCCCCGUGCCCUGUUGCCAUUGCGAAAAGGAGUUGGAAGCAAGAACAGCAUCCCGACGACAUUAAAUUACCACUAGCUAGGGAGUCCCAGCCUACCUCCACUGCUGCAAGAAACGAUGUCUGAAAUUGAAGGCCAAGUAGCCACAGUGGCACCAAGACAGCCAGGACAAGCAUACCAGUACGAAACAGCACAGGUGCAACCGCAACAGCGUAAUGGCUACAGCGCUGAUCCGCAACAAACUCCGGCUCCAGUGAAUUACCAGUACGACGCUGCCGAAUCGGAAGCUCUCUUCCGAAUGGUCGAACAACCCAAAGACCAAGCGGACGCCGAGACUAUGGAGUACGCCGACGAAUAUGGGGAGGAAGAAGAAGACGGCGAAGUGGAGCAAGCGUUGACGGAAGAUGCAUACUCAUUGCUGUACACGGCCGACUUUUUCAGUCGAACGGCAUUCUUUGCUAUUACUGUGGUCCUUCUUCAGGCAGGAAUGCUAUUCCUGACUUUGUUAGACCUCAUUGACACAAACCCAAAAGGUGAAGAGAACAAAACGAACGGGGUCAGCAACCGACUCAAUGUCCCACCAGGGGCGACCACCUAUGUGACCAUUGCUCAAUUUCUUGGCAUGGUUUUGACAGUGAUGCUCAUGGCAGUCGAGGGUGAUAUUGUGGUUGGAUUCUCUCAGUUGCUCGAAGGUUACGAUGAUGGAAUUCUGCAUGACAUGCCCAAUGCAACUUUUCUCCGAUGGCUUGUCACCGGCUUGAUGCAAUUGAUGGUUGGAGUGAUUCUAGUACUCGAUUCAUUUAUUCUCUCCAUGAAGUCUACCACUGUCAUUGACUUGGUUCUCAACUUGACGGCCUUGUACUUCGUUCAAGAGGUAGAUGAGAUUGCUUUUCAACUGGCAGAUAUGGGAAUCCUAUCCAGUGGGAUUCAGGAGGAUUGUGAGAAGGUCAAGAAUUUGAAGCAAGUCUCGCCACCAGAGUUCAUAGAAAGGCGCAGGUUCUGUAAGCGGGUCUUGCUCAUUCUGUUGCUCAUUGGACUGAUCGUGCCGUAUGCCAUUGUUGUCAGUUGGCAAACCAAUGGAGUUUAUCUUUGUAAUCAUGUAUACAUCCAGUUUGGAGACGCUUUCUUGCCCGAGAUGGCGUACUAUUCUGGCCAGUUCCACCAGCAAGGUUUUGGUUGGGCCGAUCGUGUCAACGACCGGGUUGUUUACAUAGAUGAUUCUGAGAAGCUGAAGCUUGCCUACUGCAAUUCGGAGACUGCCUGGACGAUCUCCUGGGCAAACACACUGUCUUCAUGCGACUACAUCUUCAAGAGUUCCAAUACCGACACAUUUGAUGUGGCCGAAGUUGACAAUUGGGUGGUCAAGACCACCACCACAGGCGAUGUGCCUGUCGACUGGCUGAAAUUGGUUUGUAACGAUUGCAACCCGGAGCUUUGCAACGAAGCAUACGGUGAUUGUAAAGUCGACAACAGUCCAGGUUCCAGAUUGAACAAAUGUGAAUGCAAAUCGAAAGAUCGACAAGGCUUAAAUUGUGAAUUGUCAGCGAGUUGUCUCUACUUUUCUCUCGACGCUCGAACAACCGACACACUGGCUGCUCAACCUGGAGGGUAUUUCCUAGCAGAAACGGAGUUUGUGGAUCUGAGGGUUGUCCCGGGCUUCGAUGACGGCAUCACAAUGAUGCACCAUCGCUACAUAUAUGCUCCUCUUGAUGACUUUGAGGAUGGAUCACCCGUAGUGGCAGAUAACAUCACCACAUUCAUGCUUUUUUCUGGAAGGCGGUGGGUGAUUUACACCUUGCCAGAGGGGUCAUCUGAGAAAUUGGCCAAGGACGAAUUCAUGACUUUUCUGCGGGACAACGAUCCUGCCAACAGACCUGUUGAAAUGUUGAAGAACAUCAGCAUUACGUACCCUCACUUUAUCCCUUUGUUUUUCAGCUCUCCUGUGAACUACGGCGGAGAGGAAUAUAUUCGAGAGUCUGGUAAUGGUUGGGUAAUCACACAACCAGUUUCCAAUUACACAGUCCUUCCACGCGAAGCGGACGACAACCAACCCCUUCCUGCGACCUACUUAUGCUCGGACUGUAGCACUGACCCCGACCUCUGUCAGAACAAUGGAAUAUGCGAUUCUGGCGUUUGCCAUUGCUCGUAUUUCUUUUGGGGCCCCAAUUGUGAACGCGCUUUUGAGUGCCGCGAGUUUGGGCUUAUCGACGAAAAAAGCAACAAGACUGGUUGCUAUUUUGAACAAGGCAAUUGCAAUCCCGUGACUCGACUUUGCGAGGAUUGUGAUCAUGGUACAUUUGGAAACUUGUGCCAGUAUGGCGGCCCAAACGCAUUGAGUGACCAAGAUCAGUUGUUUUGUGCCCAAUGUGAGGCCUCUUACGGCUCUGAUGAUGACUGGGCUUGCAACGUGCAUACGAAAGACUGCCCUUGCUUGCCUGGCUAUACCGGGGAUCUUUGCGAAGAUGACUCCACAACCAAACCUCCCUCGGACGACUUGGUGGAAGCUAUUGUCAACACGACCACAGAAAUCGUGGAGACAAUUCUCAACACAACAACGGAAAUGAUGGGCGGAGUAUCCAAUGAAUUGGGUGCUUUCACAAACGAAACAGCAAACACCUUGGGGGUUUUUGCCCAGCCAAAUCCUCCUGCAGGUGCAGCAGACGGUGGCCCGCCCCAGUCGGAGGCUCCAGCAGAGGGUGCCCUCCCCCAGUCCAAUCCUCCAGGAGAUGGCUCCGGGAAUCUGCCGCCGCCGCCCCCAUAAGAUCGAGUGUUUCGCUCAUUGCUCUUGACAGUUUCACCAAGCCUUGGUUUGCGGAUUAGCUCAAUACCAGGAUGACCCGCAUGGCAUGAAUUGUGCUUGCCGAAUUCCAGCCAGUUUCAAAACGAACACAAUAGUUGUUUGAGCUCGAGUGACUACUAGUAAUGGUGGUACAGGAUUGCUCGCUUCAAGAUAAUUCAUAUUAGGUUUUCUAUGUAUCUCUUUGGAGGUAUGACUACUACA